CCGGGGGCCUGGGACGGUGCUGUUCCCCAUCUGCAUGGCGUAGGACGGCAAGGUGACGUCGACCGUGUCCUCCCCCCCCAGGAGGAAGCGCAGCGCCUGCACCACCGAGGCGGUGGUGGUGGCGUGCCCUGCGACGUAGUCGGGGUGGAUGGGCGUGGGCCGGAGCGGCGUCCAACUUGCGUCAGAGGCCAGGGGAUACUCGUCCCCGUUCCCAAGGCGGAUGGCCGACACGGGACGCCAGAAGCUGUAGUGGUAUUUGGAGUCCCACGCGGCGAUCUGGGCGUCCGCGAAAGCGACGGCCCCACCCUUGAAAAAGGGACCGGCCUCGACCAAGUCCAUGGACGCAGUGAUCUGCCGAAUCAUGUUGUGGAGGCUGAGCAUCUGGUUCCCGGACCAGAAGACGGCGAUUGUGGACUCUUCCUCGGAACGUCCGCUCCCCGUCAUGCUGCCGUCGCUCUUCACCUCCAAGUAGG